AUGUUUCUUGCCGACAAGAUACGGAUCCUAGACAUUCUCCCAUCCGGCAGUGAUGGAGUGGAUGGGCCUAUUCGAUGCGACAUCCACGUCGAGGCCCUCGCUGAUAAGCCAAUCUACGAGGCUAUAUCAUACCGCUGGGGCGACCCCGACAGCACGAUCUCUAUCACCGUAGCCGACAAGUCGACCCUUGUUACGGCCAAUCUAUAUGCUGUCCUGCGCCGCUUGCGACUUGCGAAUGAAGUCAGGUCUGUCUGGAUCGAUCAGCUUUGUAUCGACCAAGAGGACAUGGAAGAAAAGGCUAUGCAAGUACGUCUGAUGCGCGAGAUCUACUCCAACUGCAGCCAAUGUCUCAUCUGGAUGGACGAGAUCGAUGCAAACGUCUCUCUUGCAGACGCAGAAGCAGCAAUCGGUAUCCUUAACUGGAUGAUCAAUCCCGAACUCUCUGUCCCUCCUUGCAUCGAGUCUGCAUCCUUGGCCCAGGGCCCAGUCAGAGCCUUGGCGUCCAUUGGUGUAGAUGAGCACGAGUGGUGGAAACGUAUAUGGACUGUCCAAGAGGUUAUUCUACCAUCCCACAAGACGUUCCUCUGGGGUCCGCUCCACAUACCCUGGGAUACACUUGCCAAGUGCAGCCGCGUCUGGACUGGCACCGGCGCACCAGACGCCCUUUUGCAACUUCGCUGGUACAAUCCUACAGCCAAUAUCGACAGAGUGAUGGGCUGGCUAUUCUGUAAUGUUAUUUGGAUCAACAUCGCACACGGGCAACGCGAUCCCCCGAUCCUCACAGCCAUGAAAUGGAGAGGCAGAAAGGCCACUGAUCAGAGAGACAAAAUUUUCGGCCUGCUGGGCUUGCUGCCAGAAGGCAUGGAGCUGCCGCAUACGGACCGGUGUAACUAUGAGACGACCGCGGUGCAGGUGUACAACUCCUUCACGUUGGAUAUGAUCUUGGACGACGAAGGGUUAAUGCCCCUGUGUAAUGAACCGCGGGCGCCGAAGGGGCUGGGAACGGAGGGCGUAGCGCGGUGGGCAAUUGACAUGGACUGUGAGAUACCGUACAUGGUUGACACGUUCUAUCGAUAUUGGGGAUACGACACAUAUAAUGCUUGUGCCGGUCGAGAGCUUGAUAGGAAAGCUCUUCUGGAUGCUGCUGAAGUGUCUGGGGAUCAUCGUGCGAGUAAACUGGGCCUGAGAGGCGUCAUGGUUGACACUAUCGAGCUGACAAGCUCAACAACCCUGCUGGGUAACUGCCCGGAUGACAAAGUUGUUGAGGCUCUGCAAACAUGGAUGGAAAUGGCUCGGAUCCAAAACGACACGCUGAAGGAUGGGCUAUCGCGGGAGAAAUUUGAAGAGGCCUUCUACAGACUCUUGGUAGGUGACCGGAUCCGCAACGGUGAGUUAUGGGUUGUAAGAACACCAACUGCAGAGGAUCUGCAAAUGAUCUCAGAAUUCAUUAGGACAGGACAAGGAUAUGUUGGCGAUCUAUCUUUAUGGGACAAAUAUGUCUCUAAUCAGGUGUUUUUCGUCACGACAAGCGGAAUGAUGGGCCUGGGACACCUAGAAACUGCGCCCGGGGAUGAGGUUUGGGUUUUUGAUGGAGGACGAAUGCCAUUCACGAUCAGGUCAAAUGAAGAAGGAAAAAGUGAUGAAUUUGACUUUGUGGGAUGUUGCUACGCCCACGGAAUUAUGGAAGGAGAGGUGUAUUCGGACGAGAGGUUCUCCGCCAUCGGUCGGUCUAUCCCCUGUCGCCCGAAAUCAAGCAUGCAGGCACAACAACUCGGCCGUUCAAAGGCCGGGGCACAACGCCUGGUCUGCACUAUUAUAAUGCUUGACGAGGCCCUCAGGAACAAACAGCCCGCAGCAAUUUCUCCGCUUGAGAAAUUGGCACUAACACCCAAGAAUGUCUAUGACCCAAGCAUGCCCGACUCCCACCAAUGGCUGACAACACACACACUCCCCCUAUUGUCAGCGGCCAAUUCGUGUGGCAAAAUGGUUUUCUUCAAGCGGGCUCUUGCCGCUGCUAGCUGCAUUACUUCUGCAGUUGCUGUUGAUGUGCUUGUUCAAUCCUCGGGAGGCAAUGUGACCGGGAAGUUCGGACAUCCGUAUGGAUACGGCUUUCUGCACGAGGAUAUCAACAACUCCGGUGAUGGUGGCAUAUAUGCCGAGCUUAUCCAGAAUCGUGCGUUCCAGUACAGCCCUGAGUUUCCGGUCUCCACGGCACACUACUUCCCUGUCAAUGGCGCAAACUUCAGCAUCGAGUUCUUGGACACCCCUCUCUCAGAGGCUUUGCCGGCAUCUCUGAGGGUUGCGGCGGGCAGCAACAGCACGGGCAAAAUCGGCUUCAAGAACGAUGGGUACUGGGGAAUUGCUGUCAGUCAGCAAAAGUACACGGGAUCCUUUUGGGUUAAGGGAGCCUACAACGGCUCCUUCACUGCAUCACUGAGGGCCAACCUGACAGAUGAUGUUUUCGGAUCAGUUGAGGUUGCGUCCAAAUCCGUCGAAAAUGAGUGGACUGAACACGAGUUCGAGAUUGUGCCCGAGAGUGAUGCUCCAAGCAGCAACAACACCUUCUCGAUCACUUUUGACGUGGAUUCUGUGCAAAGCGGUGCACUGGACUUCAACCUUAUCAGUCUCUUCCCGCCGACGUAUAAGGACAGGAAGAAUGGGCUGCGAGUCGACAUUGCACAAGCUCUUGCGGACUUGAACCCUACCUUCCUACGCUUUCCGGGUGGCAACAUGCUCGAAGGCCUCACGAAUGGUACCCAUUGGGACUGGAAAGAUUCUCUAGGUCCGCUUAAGGACCGUCCUGGCUUCCAAGGUGUGUGGGGAUAUCAACAAACACAUGGUCUUGGUCUUUUGGAAUAUCUCGAAUGGGCUGAGGACAUGGGCCUACAAAUAGUGCUCGGCGUCUGGGCCGGCCUGGCACUCAAUGGGGAUGUCACGCCUGAACAAGACCUACAGCCUUUCAUCGAUGAUGCUCUAAACGAGAUCGAGUUCGUGCGUGGGCCAGCAGACUCAACCUGGGGCGCGCGCCGUGCAGAGCUCGGUCAUCCCGAGCCCUUUGAACUCAACUAUGUGGAGGUAGGCAACGAGGACUGGCUAGCUGGAUAUCCCGGCGGGUGGGAGUCAUACAAGGAGUACCGUUUCAAGCUGUUUUUCGAUGCCAUCACGGCCGCGUAUCCCGAGAUCCAGGUCAUCGCUAGCGCUGCUACGAGCGAUCCAGCACCCGAGGGCGAAACUGUGGGGCCAAACCUCGAGGAAGGGCUUAACUUCACCGAGACUCCCGGUGCCAUCGGGGACUACCACCCAUAUCGCGAGCCAGAUGAGCUUGUGUUCGAGUUUGACCGUUUCGACAACGACAUCGGCCACAUCGUUGGCGAGGUAGCCGCAACCCACGUGAAUGGUGCCACGCCUCCCCGCUGGAAUGGUCCGCUGUACAAAUACCCAUGGUGGAUCGGUGCAGUCGGCGAAGCCAUCUCUCUGCUUGGGUACGAGCGCAAUUCGGAUCGAAUUCCGGGCACCUUCUACGCCCCCGUGCUCAAGAACGAGAACAGAUUCCAAUGGCCAAUUACGCUCAUCCAGUUCACUGCGGACCCGAAGCAGACUACCCGUGCCGUGACGUGGUACUGUUGGAGUCUCUUCGCGCACCAUCCCAUCAGCGACACACUGCCCACCACGAGCAAUUCAACCUAUGGACCUCUUUACUGGGGUGCCGGCACGGAUGAAGCUAGGAAUGGCGCACUCGUGUGGAAAGGCGCCGUGUACAACACCACGGAUGGCAGCGAUAUUCCUGUAUCCGUGCAGUUCGAGGGCGUUGCACCGGGUACCAAGGCAUCGCUGACCGUGUUGACAAACAGUAUCGACGAUCCUUUUGCGUACAACGAUCCAUUGACUGGUGUGAACAUUGUGAACACCACGACACAGGAGCUGACCUCGGGCGCGAGUGGAGCGUUUGAGUUCAGCCUGCCACAGUUGAGCGUGGCCGUGCUGGAUACAGAUCUGAGUGCUGUGGCGAGUGGCAGUGCUUAG